CAGGGUUGGCCCCUUACUGGAGCAUUGGGGUAAUGUAUCUGUCUAUAUUCGAUUAGAUCUACAUUUUCAUUUCAUCUUUUAAAACACAAGGGAUAUCACACAGUGCCAUCGCAGCAUGACGCCAGGUGUGGACAGGAAUGCCAUCCCGGGCACAUUUACCCUGGUGGAUUUGGAGCAUACGUUGGCUACACGACAUCUGAACGGGGGAAAUAGUGACAUUAUUCUUGUUCCCCAGCCUUCAGAUGACCCUGAUGACCCACUGAACUGGUCUUCACGACGGAAAUUGCUGUCAACCACCUGUGUCAGUUUGUACACCUUGUUCGCAGGUAUUGCAUGCUCGGUUGUCUACUCUGUACUGGUUCCACUCUCCGAGGAGACAGGAGUCUCUGUUGGUACUUUAAAUGAAGGAACGGGAUAUAUGUUCCUGCUCGCAGGAUGGGGCUUACUGUUCUGGCAACCGUUUGCAUUGCAGUAUGGCAAGCGACUUACAUACAUAGUCUCAUUGAUCGGAAUGAUGGGCACGCUAAUAUGGGGUCCUUAUAUAACAAAUAAUGGUCAAUGGAUCGCUCGUAGUAUCGUGACCGGCUUUUUCUUGGCACCAAUCGAGGCCCUUCCAGAAAUAACAGUUACGGAUGUGUACUUCACGCACGAACGCGGAACAUAUAUGGGUCUGUAUGCCUUCUUCCUGGCCGGCAGUAACUAUUUUGCUCCGGUUAUAUGUGGCUUCAUCGCCGAGUACCAAGGCUGGCAAUGGGUGUUUUAUUACCCUGCCAUUUUCUGUGCCGUCACCGCUGCGUUCCUUUUCUUCUGCAUGGAGGAGACAAAUUAUACGCGUGAAAGUGUUGAACAUAUCACUCCUACGAACCCAGCUGAUCCAGCUAGUUCAACAUUGGAGAAAGGGGGGCAAGAGAAGGCUGACCCUGUUGACACUCCUCGACAUACAGACACAGAGGCCGGUGAGGUACAUAAUGUAUACAGCAAGAAAACGUACAUCCAGAAGCUGUCACUUCUGGGACCGCGUCAGCCAAAGAACCAUAUGCUUAGACGGCUCUGGCAUGCUUUAUAUUACUUGAGCUGGCCCGUUGUUUUUUACGCAGGUUUCUCAUAUGGCUCAUACUUGAUCUUUUUUAAUGUGUUAAAUGCAACUGCAUCAAUUAUUCUUGGAUCUGCUCCAUACAACUUCAGCACCGCAAUUGUCGGCCUUUCCUACAUUGCAUGUUGUCUCGGCGUGGGUCUUGGCGCUAUCUUCACCGGCAGAUUCAGCGACUGGCUAACUAUCCGACUUGCUCGACGGAACAACGGAAUCAUGGAAGCCGAACACCGUCUCUGGCCGUUCCUUGUCUGUCUCGUCAUCCUUCCGGGCUCACUGAUACUCUGGGGUGUGGGUGCAGCGCAUCAGGUUCACUGGUUUGGGCUCCUAGUAGCGAUGUGCCUUCUUGCGAUGGCGAAUACAUGUGGCGUGACCCUGAGUGUAAACUACCUCGUCGACAGCUACCGGGAGCUAAGCGGCGACGCGAUGACAAGUAUCAUCUUAGUUCGCAACACAAUGUCCUUCGCUAUCGGCUACGGCAUCACCCCCUGGAUCAAUAACUUGGGAUAUCAAAACUGCUUCAUCUCCGCCGCAUUCAUCGGCAUGGCCUGCGCAUCCGUCUUCCUUGUCAUGAUCAAAUAUGGCAAGACACUACGCAUACGCAGUCGCGAGAAGUACUGGAACCUUGUCGUCGAGAACCGAGAAAAGGGAAUGGCGCAUUAGACCUACACUACGCAAUAGUUCAUACACGAAACCUACAUUCGUCCCAACUAAA